AUUUUGUCACUUUUCUCACCUCUUCUUGUUGGUGACAGAAAGGUAGAUAAUCUAUUUUUCUACACGCUCCACAGCUCAGCUUGAACGAGAUGGCUAGCUCCACCGCCCAGGAGUUUUUCCAGCGUUAUGAGCAAGUUAAAGCGGUUGAACAGUCAAGGAAUGAGUUAAUUGAGGAUCUUUUACGACGGGUUGCCGAGCUCGAAAAUGCAUACCAACAAACCCGAUUAGACCAUGAACGUGAAUCCCGCUUUAAUCGUGAAGUGCAAAUGCAUGAGAUAGAGCUUAUGAACCAGAUAACUGCUAUGGAAUCUGUUAUGGAACAAGAACCAUUUCUUCUCGUUCUUCUCGAUGGUGAUGGGAUGGUAUUCCAAGACUCCUUUCUCCAACAGGGUGAGCAGGGCGGCAAAGAUGGUGCAAAUCAGCUCUGGGCUGCUAUCCGUGACUAUGCAUCUCGAAAUCUUCCGAACAUACAAUCGCCAAAAAUUAUAGCUCGAGUUUAUGCAAACGUCAAAGGAUUGGCUGAUGCAUGCUAUAAAGCUGGCCUAAUUGAACGUCCCGGCCUAAUUGAGGAAUUUGCCCGUGGAUUCAAUGGAAGCAGACUAUUGUUUGAUUUUGUGGAUGUGGGGAGUGGUAAAGAUAGAGCUGAUGAUAAGAUCGCUGAGAUGUUUAAGCUCCAUUUAUACAAUUGUCACUGUCACCAAAUAUUUCUCGGUUGCUCUCACGAUAAUGGGUAUGCUAGGCUUCUUGAAGAUACAUUAGCGGAUCGCGACCUUGUUGGACGAAUAUCUUUAAUCGAAGGCGUCCCAUUCGAACGAGAACUUGUACCCAUCAAGGCUUCUUACAGAGUAACUAAAUUUGAAGAACUUUUCCGAACCUCAAAAAUAAACACGAAUUCACUUUCAUGGAAUGACCGGAAUGGGACGAAUAAUAACCCCAUGUCGAUACCCUCGUCUACACCGCUUUCCGUGCUAUCUGCGAAUACUCCUGGCAACAACAACAACCUUGCUCGCAUCCCGUCAAACUCAACUAUCCCAUCGAAUGGAACCAACACGCCGCCAACAUGGGCUGCCACAACAGCAGCAGGAGCCCAUGGUCCAUUUACCGAUUUAACGACCUCGAAACCAAGUAGCCCUGCUCCGCCUAAGGUGGAGCGCAAUAAAUACGGCGAACGCGUCGACCGACUAGAUUUCAAAACCAUCCCCAAGGACGAAUUAAACCGCGUGAAAAAGCUGAAACUAUGCAACCUGUAUUAUUUACUAGGCGACUGCCCCAACUUAAGUUGCUAUCAUACUCAUGAUCAUAAAUUGACGAAGAAUGAGCGCACCGUCUUACAUGCAGUUGCGCGGAUGACGCCGUGUCGGUUCGGAACUGAUUGCGAUGAUCCCGGCUGUAUAUAUGGCCAUCGCUGUCCACAGAGUGAGAUUGGCAAGAAGGACUGUUUCUGGGGCUCCAAUUGUCGAUUCGACACAGCCGCUCAUGGAAUCGAUACAACAAUUGUGAAGGUUACAAAGGUAUAA